AAAAAUCUGGCAACACGAGAAGACGCGGGAAAGAGGUCACGUGGUCGGCCGCCGCGAAGUAUGAGCUACUGUUUCCUCACAUUCACGGAGUCUGGAAGAAGAAUGCUCGCUUUGAUUCUGCGUCUCUUCACGUUCGUCCUCGUUUGUUCCACUGCUGAAGACCUUAAAGAGGUCACAGCCCAACCUGGAGAUAAUGUGGUUCUGCAGUGCCGGGGCAGCAGCCACGGCGCCGUCGACCUGCUGGAGUGGAGCAGAACCGACCUGAAGUCUGAGUACGUCUUCUACUACAGAGACGGUCUGGUGUACGACGACUCUCAGCACAAAGCUUUUCAUGGUCGCGUGGAGCUGAAAGAUGCUCAGAUGAAGGACGGAGACGCGUCUGUGGUCCUGAAGAACGUCACCAUCAGAGACACUGGAACCUACGAGUGUCGGGUCAUACAGGGAAACACACGAAGCGUCAGAACCGGGUCGUCAGAGGUCUCCAGCAGCGUCCUGCUCACGGUGGACAAGGGUGGAGCUGGACACAGUCCAGGACUGACAGCAGGUCUGGUCGUCUCAGCUCUGAUUCUUCUUGCUGCUGGUGUUGGUGUCAUUUAUAAAGUACAGUCCAGUUGCAGGUCAUAGACUCAGCAUCAGUGUCUUACGAACGUUCUCACCGAGCCUGAAGCUCCGACGUACGAACCUCGGCUCCUGAAGAUCCUGCUGCGGUGAUGCAGUAACUGGAGCUGAAGAGGCUCAGACUCUAUAAACCAGCUGGUUUUUGAUGGUAACAGUGGGACUGGUGUCACAUUCUAGAGUUUCAGGGUUUUAGAGCAGCUUUAAUCAUUAAAACGUGUUUACAGGUGGAUGAAUCUCAUAAAUCCUCAGAUAUUAGUUCACUGGAUGUUUACAACCACUAACAAACGUCUUCGUUGUUCAGAACCACUGUGGUUUUACUUCUGUUCAUGUUUCAUGAAGGUCUUUGGCUUCUCCUCCAUCAGUGUUUAGCUGAUGUCAGUGUGAGUUGAUGGGGAGCUCGUCUCUACUGUUUGAACACGUCUGAACCUGUUUGAUGGAAUCCUGGUCCAACCGUCAAACAGAACCAGAGGACGUGCUGGGACUUGUCCAUGACGUUCCUGCUACAGACACACACACACAUUAAAACCCUUGAAGCCAUGGCUGAAUCAGGCGUCAGCUGUUCAUCCCCCACGAAACAAAACAAAACAAAACAAAACCGAACCUAAAAGAGGAUCAACCUGUGCUCAGACCUGUCCCUGAAUACUCUUUAACAUCUGAAUGCAGCUCUGACUAUUAACGCUCCCUCAUCUAGUACAUCAUUCAAAAAUGCGCCUGCCAUCAAGAAGAGAUGUGAAAUCAGAUUUUAGCCUUUAUAAACUACACAUGGGCCUCAUCGUAGAAUUAAAUGAAAUCACCUUUGCAGAAUAAUUAGCCAUUACUUAAUCUCAAUUAGCUGCAGAAAUAAAUGUAUUAUGUAGUAUUAUGUAUAUAUAUAUAUAAAAAAACUCCCUUCUCACCCUCCGCGGGUGGUCUCAUCCACUUUCCAAGCUCGGGUCCUCUACCAGAGGCCAGGGAGCUUGAGGGUUCUGCGCAGUAUCCUUGCUGUUCCUAGGACUGCACUUUUCUGGCCUGAGAUGUCGGAUGUUUUUCCAGGGAUCUGUUGUAGCCAUUCCUCCAAUUUGGGGGUCACUGCCCCCAGUGCUCCAAUCACCACAGGCACCACUGUGGCCUUCACCUUCCAAGCCUUCUCCAGUUCUUCUCUGAGCCCUUGGUAUUUCUCUAGUUUCUCAUGUUCCUUUUUCCUGAUGUUGCCAUUGCUUGGUAUUGCCACAUCCACCACUACGGCUUUCCUCUGUUCUUUGUCCACCACCACAAUGUCUGGUUGGUUCGCCAUUACCAUUCUGUCAGUCUGGAUCUGGAAGUCCCACAGGAUCUUGGCUCGCUCGUUCUCUACCACCUUGGGAGGUGUUUCCCACUUUGACCUUGGGGUUUCCAGUCCAUACUCUGCGCAGAUGUUCCUGUAUACUAUGCCAGCCACUUGGUUAUGGCGUUCCAUGUAUGCUUUCCCUGCCAGCAUCUUACACCCUGCAGUUAUGUGCUGGACCGUCUCAGGGGCCUCUUUGCACAGUCUACACCUUGGGUCUUGUCUGGUGUGGUAGAUCUGGGCUUCUAUGGCUCUGGUGCUCAGGGCCUGCUCCUGUGCAGCCAGGAUGAGUGCCUCUGUGCUGUCCUUCAGCCCAGCCCUUUCAAGCCAUUGGUAGGAUUUGUUGAGAUCAGCCACUUCAGUUAUGUUCCGGUGGUACAUCCCGUGCAAGGGCUUGUCCUCCCUCUUCCAGCAUCUCAUCCUCUGUUCUCCACUGCCUGAGACAUUCACUCAGCACGUCAUCUGUCGGGGCCUUAUCCUUGAUGUACUUAUGGAUCUUGGAUGUUUCAUCCCGGAUAGUGGCUCUCACGCUCACUAGUCCUCGGCCUCCUUCCUUGCGGCUAGCGUACAGUCUCAGGGUGCCGGAUUUGGGGUGGAACCCUCCAUGCAUGGUGAGGAGCUUUUGUGUCUUAACAUCUGUGGUCUGUAUCUCUUCCUUUGGCCACCUUAUUAUUCCCACAGGGUAUCUGAUCACUGGCAGGGCGUAGCUGUUUAUUGCCCGGGAUUUGUUUUUGCCAUUGUGCUGGCUCCUUAGGACUUGCCUUACUCGUUGGAGGUAUUUGGCUGUUGCCGCAUUCCUUGUUGCCUGUUCAAGGUUGCCGUUUGCCUGUGGUAUUCCAAGGUACUGUAGUUGUCCUCAAUGUCUGCUAUUGUUCCUUCUGGGAGUGAGACCCCUUCUGUGUGGAUUACCUUGCCUCUCUUUGUCACCAUCCUCCCACAUUUCUCGAGUCCGAAUGACAUCCCGAUGUCCGAGCUGUAGAUCCUGGUGGUGUGGAUCAGCGAGUCGAUGUCUCGCUCACUCUUGGCGUACAGCUUGAUGUCAUCCAUGUAGAGGAGGUGACUUAUGGUAGCCCCAUUCCGGAGUCGGUAUCCAUAGCCAGUCUUGUUUAUUAUUUGGCUGAGGGGGUUCAGACCUAUGCAGAACAGCAGUGGGGACAGUGCAUCUCCUUGGUAUAUGCCACAUUUGAUGGAUACUUGGGCAAGUGGCUUCCCGUUGGCUUCAAGGGUGGUUUUCCACAACCUCAUCGAGUUUGCAAUGAAGGCCCUUAGAGUUCUGUUGAUGUUGUACAGCUCCAAGCAUUCAGUGAUACAUGUGUGUGGCAUUGAGUCAUAGGCUUUCUUGUAGUCGAUCCAGGCUGUGCACAGGUUGGUGUGUCGCAUUCUGCAGUCUUGGGCGACUGUUCUGUCUACCAGGAGUUGGUGUUUGGCUCCUCUGGUAUCCUUACUAAUGCCCUUCUGUGCUUCGCUCAUGUAUUGACCCAUGUGCCCACUUAUCUUAGCUGCGAUGAUGCCUGACAUGAGCUUCCAUGUUGUGGAGAGACAGGUUAUUGGCCGGUAGUUGGAUGGGACUGUACCCUUUGAGGGAUCCUUCAUUUUCAGGAUUGUUCGCCCUUCGGUUAGCCAUUCAGGGUGGGUCCCAUCCCUUAGCAGCUGGUUCAUUUGUGCUGCCAGUCGCUCAUGGAUUGCAGUGAGCUUCUUUAGCCAGUAGGCGUGGAUCAUGUCAGGGCCGGGUGCUGUCCAGUUUUUCAUACCUGAGACUCUUUGUUGGAUGUCUGCCACUGUGAUAGUCACUGGGUUCUGUUCAGAGAGGUUGCUGUGGUCUUCCCUCAGAUCCACCAGCCACUGUGCAUCACUGUUGUGUGAUGCCUCCCUUUCCCAUAUACCCUUCCAGUACUCUUCGGUUUCCAGCCUUGGUGGGUCUGCUCUGCUGUUAUUACCCUGCCAUUGAGAGUACACUUUCGCAGGUUGUGUUGCGAACAGCCGGUUUAUUCGUCUGGCUUCAUUAUCUCUGGUGUACCUCUUUAGGCGGCUGGCCAAGGCUUGUAGCCUUUGCUUGGCAGUUUCGAGUGCUUCAGGUAUGGGCAUCUGGCUGUACCUCUUGGGCAUCGGUCUUCUCAUUGCACCUCUCUGGGCCUCUGUCAUUUGGCUCACUUCUCUCCGAGCUGCCUUGAUUUUUGCCUCCAACCUUCGUUUCCAUGGUGGGUAUUGUUUCUCAUGGCUCCCAUGGUUGCUCUUAUAGCCAAGCACCUCUAGGAUCACUGAUGCUGAAGCGUAUAUCAGCUCAUUGGUUUCCGUGAUUGUUGUGGUAGGGAUCGCUCUCAAUGCUGCAUUCACAUCUUCCAUGAGACUUUCUUAUGGAACUUCAUUUAGUCGUUGUAGUUGGCUUCAGGGUUGCCUGUUCAAUCUCGCCAUGAUCUUAUCUUUCAGGUCAGUCGCUGCCUCGCUCAGCGUAUCUGUGCUCAUUGGGGCUUCGUACCCAAUUUCUGGUUGGGGAGAUGGUGAAACCUCCCCUCUGACCUGGCGUCCUGGCUCCCCCUUGCCGUAGCAUUUGUGUUGUAUCUCGUCAAUCUCAAGUUGUGAUAGCAGUUGCCGUUUGUGGAUGUUGGAACACUGAGCUACUAAUUGCUUCGCAGUCAGUCUUGAAUGUGGGUUUCUCUGUUCCCGACCAUGAACCUUCAGACGACAACGAGCACUUUAACUUCAACCAGACGAAUGUUUGAGUUUUCGUAGCUUGGGACCAAACAGCUGGGAACUGAGCUGCCCCAGUUCCAACAUGCAGGUCUUUGUGGUGGAAGCUCAGGACUAGUUACUGGAGGUUCCUGUAGGUGAGAGGAUGCUGAUGUCUGUGCAGAACCUGCUGUAGAUGUAGCACUUACAUAACAUAAAGGUUUUCAUUUCACAUUGACUCUUACUGUACUGUAACUGUCGGCGGUCAGUGAUUGAAUUCAUAAUAAAACAGGGACUUCCCUCACAUUUUCACACUGAGUGUUAAACAUCUGCCCACUGGUUCUGACUAUAGCAGCUCAGAACCUACUGACCUCAGUGGGGAAGUGACCAAAGGCACACGUUUAUAUCUGAACACGCUCAGUUUGAGCUCCUCAGUCAGAGCCUCGUGGAGGUUUGAGCAUCAGGUGGUUGAACAUUAGUUUAUGUGAAACAGCAGCAGUCCAGGACGCAGCAGGAUCUAAAGGAGAGCGGAGUUCUGGUUCCUCUUUUAAACCAACAAUGUUGAAUGGUGUUGCAUCUAAAGCAGGAGGCAAAUCACCACCUCAUGUACGAACGGUGCUUACGCACGAAAUCCUGGCGAAGCACGAAUCUACGCCUGAGGUCAGAUGGAUCAAGACAAAUGUAAAGUAGAGACGUGUGCAAAUCUACGGCAGCUCGCUGGCCGGCGUACAGUAAGUACUUUUCCACAGCUAUGGAUUCAUUAGCGACACCAAGAGGUCAAACUGGGGAACUCAAUCACGUGAAAACGAUCAUUAGUCACAGCGGAGAAAGACGAUGAACAAUCGAUAAAGCCACGUGUCAGCAAUUAGAUGAGAGGAUAUAAAAAUGUGCAAAGCGGUGCAAACGUUUAAUGCUUGCUGUAUGUGGGAUUUGUUGGGUUUAGUUGUGUGAGGUCUUAAUCCUUACUUUGUAAAGGGCCUUGAGAUAACUUUGUUGUGAUUUGGCGCUAUAUAAAUAAAAUUGAAUUGAAAGUUUA